AUGUCGAACUCACAAAAUUCCGGUGCAGAGCGUCAAGUAUCAUCUCAAUCGUCGAGCCAAGAAGUCUCCGGCAUUUCACUGUCGCUCCGAGUGCCACCAUUCUGGCGCAACCAGCCGCUACUCUGGUUCUGCAGUUUCGAAGCCGCAACCGCCGACUUGAAACGAAGCCAAGCCCAACUCGCCCAGAUGGUCAUCGCACAACUCGAAAAGCAAGACAUACAGAACAUAGCCGAUCUCAUUUGCUCGCCGCCGGAAGCUGACUACUACAACGCCAUUAAAGACCGCUUAAUAUCCAUCUACGAAGAGUCCAACAGUGCGCAAACGAAAAAACUACUGUCGCAAGUCGAGCUUGGAGACCAGAAGCCCAGCCAGCUGAUGAGGCAAAUGAAGCAGCUCAACAAGGACAAAUUUCCUGAGAGCACCAUCAAAAUGAUGUGGCUCGAGCAUCUGCCGCCACAUAUCCGUUCCGUGCUAGCCGUCAGCGAAGCAUUCAAAAUCAAAACUACGCUCGACGACCUGACUUUGCUCGCGGACAAAAUGAUGGAAGUACACACGCCGUCUCAUCACAUCGCUGCCGUCGCAACACCUCUCGUACCUGCGUCACCAAUACCACCAGUGCAACCGCACUAUCAACAACAACCUACUAUCGACACCCUCAUCGGUGAAAUAAGAAGGUUGUCUUUGGAAGUUGCCGAG